AUGGCGGCAAUGGCAAAUCUUGCGAACACCAUGGAGGCGAAUGCUGCUGCGACUCUGCAAGCUGUGCAGAGGUUAGGUCAACCGGUGGGAAAUGAGAACGGAAAUGGUGAAGGAGAUGCAAAUAACAAUGCAGAAGGGAACGGCGAUAAUAUGGGAGGUGCUCCGAUGACCUUGGCGAAUUUUCUCAAGGUUCAUCCGCCAAGUUUCAGAGGAUCAACCAACCCUACAGAGGCGGAUAACUGGUUCCAGGCUAUGGAGCGCACGCUGCAAGCGCAGCAUGUCCCGAAUAACCAAUAUGUAGAAUUUGUUGCUUAUCAGCUUCUGGAAGAGGCCCAGCAUUGGUGGCAGGCAGAAUGCCGCUUGCUCCAACUACAAAACGCCGAUGUUCCUUGGGAUGUCUUCCAAACGGCCUUCUAUAAGAAGUACUUUCCUGAGUCUGCAAGGAAAGCGAAAGAGAUGGAACUUAUGCAGCUGAAGCAAGGUUUAUUAUCUGUGGCGGACUACACCAUCCGAUUUGAGGAGCUCUGUAGGUUCUCUAGGGCGUGUCAGGGUGCCCCGGAGACCUAUAAAAGUUGGAAGUGUAUCAAGUAUCAAAGGGGCUUGAAGGACGACAUCAUGACUGCUGUGGCUCCUAUGGAGAUCCGUACUUUCUCUGAUCUGGUGAACAAGGCAAGAGUGGUGGAGGAAUACACAAAGAGGGUAGCCUUGUCAAGGGACACUCAUGAAGGAAACACUAAUAGGGAGCAUGACGAUUACCUCGGACCAAGGGGACAGAACUUCAAGAAAGAUGCACAUACUCCUCAGCAUCUGCAAGGUCAAGGAAACUUCAGAAGGAACAACAAUGCCCAGUUUCACCAUAUGAGGGGGAGUCGCCUGUGUUAUACUUGUGGACUAUCUAGGCACCUAGCCAAGAACUGUCGUCGUAAGAAAAACCAGAACAUGGGUCAGAAUCAACAGUCAGACCGUGUGGUUGCCUUGGAUGCACGUGAUGCGACAGGAUCGAAUCCUCCGGCGAGAGGUAAGCGUAUGCGUUGA